CUAAAAGCUAUAACUAAGGCUAAAUUGCAAAUAAAGGAUAGAGUUUGACAUUGGGUGUGAACUUUUGGUUUUGGAAACCUUUUACAAUUUUUGUUUCUCUUAUUUAUAGCCAUCAGAUGCAAAUGACCUGGUAACUGCCAACGUACUUGUUGCUCCAACCGCCUCGGGGUCCUCAUCGCCUCCUUGAUGACUAGUUGGUAGCUUUCGUCUUGGUGUUCACUCCUAUCGCCUUGGGGUCCACUUGUCCUAUCUUGGUGACUGGUUGAUACUUGAUGGCCUCAACCUCGUGCCAGGUUGGUGAUUAGUCUUGUCGCCUUUUUCUCACUGGAUAGGGUUGAAGUUUUUUGCCUUCGUCUCCAUGAUGAAGUUUCGAUCACACCCUUCAAACCCCCCUCCCCCGACCCGAUGACUCCACACUUAACUUUUGUUUCUCUUGUCUUGCUACAACUUGCUAUCUUCGACUUGCUAGCCACAUCGAUGAACGUCUUGAUAUCCAAGGCUUAUUACCCACCUUGACAAGAUGAGAACUUAGUCCCUAUGUCGUACUAAUUAAGCCCAUUUAUCAGCUCAUUAGCAAGUCCAUCUCAUUGGCUUGGUACCUUGGUUGAUCAAUCCCAACCACUGAGAUUCGAUACAUAUUUUUGAGUAUUUAAAGAUUUUCCAUGACAGCUUGGUCCCUGUCAGGUUUCCACCAAGCCCAUCUCAUCAGCUUGGUACCCCGCUUAGUGGCCACCUCAGGUGGUCUCAAGACUUUUAGUUUUUUUCCCCAGAUCUCGUGAAGUUGGUACCUUAGCAACCUACUGGCUACCUUGUCACCUCCUCAUCAGGUUGGUAGCUUACCUGCUUGAUCUCUAUACUUAGUUUUUUUUUUGGAUCCUCAUUAAGCUAGUAGCUUAUCGCCAUCCUAGCUUGGUACCCGAGUCCCACCAAGCUUCUCUCAUCGGCUUUGCACAUGGUUCCAUACUUAGUUUCUAGGAGGUUUGGUAACUUGAUACCAAGCCUAUCUUGUCACCUUGCUACCGAGCCAUAUGGAUUCCAGACUUAGCCAUAUUUCAUAUCUUGCUACCAAGCUCGUCUUGUCGGCUUGGUACCCAGAUGUAUGGAUACCAUCAUGUUUUUAUGUCUUGGUAACCCGUAUAGAACACAUGUAGCAUACAAAUAAUAUUAUAAAUAAGAUAAAUAAAUUAUGAUUGAUUAUGGAUUGGUCGUCUGGACUUGUGCGCUCAGCUUGACCUGUUGCUAAAGCUCAAGAGUUUAAUGAGAUGGGCUCUGGCCCUUUACUAGUCGCCUUCAACCUUAGAUUAGCAAGUUGUGUACUUGUUGAGAAGCAAACACAAGAUAGGGGAGAUGAAGGAGAGGAACACGUACACAAGAUAUUUUUGUUAACUGAGUUCAGCAUAUUGCUUAUGUCUUGGCUUAAAGGUAGCUCACCCUUUAAGAUCUAAUGUCUAGGUUUUUAUCUUAUACUAGUCUAAACCAAAUAGAGUCCUUUUGGUGGAACUCAAACCCUUAACAAGAACAGAGAAAUAUAUCUCUUUCUAUCUUCCUCACAAGCACUCACGCAAAGGAGAGAAACAACAUAACCUCACAAACAAUCAAGAAAUACUGACAAUGAACACCUAUCACUUCUUACACCUAUUGAUAAUCACAACUUGUUUGAUCUUGCUUUGCGUAGGAUUGCUCUGCCACAUUACAUGAUUCUUGUCUUGUUUUUUCCUUCUAUUUAUAUCCAUCUUGCUGCAACGGUCUUCUCUUGAUCUUCACUUGAUUUGGAAGAGCACUAUGGGGAAGAAUGUGCAAGUGAGGAAGUACUGGAAUACCCUUAGAUUUUAUGAAAGAGUGGCAGCUGGAAUCAUGAGAACCUCACCAGGAGGAUGAGGGUAAGUUGAGUAGCUUCAUGGUUGAUGUCAAAGCCAUAGGCUUCCAACUCAUAGUCAUGGGCCAAGGUGUCUCCUCCUCUCGUAAAGUUGAGAAUGCGAUAGAUCUUAGAGACUGGGAUGGUGAUAAUAUGGCCAAAUACAAGAGUUAUGAAGGUACGAGUGUGGAGACCAAAAUUUCUAAGAUUUGAAUGGAAGUAACUCACAACUUCAGAUCAGAUCAAAGUGGGUGGCUCAUCUAGAAGGAAGUUCAAACCAAGGUUGUAAAGGUAUAGUUUCUCUUGCCCGUUUGCGCAACUCCUUCUAGUGAUCAAGGGUUUGUAGAUGCUUAUAGGCACCAGUUUGAACAAUAGGCCCUUUCCAUACUUCCUAAGGGGCAAGGCACAAAGUAGGUUGAACAAUAGGCCUACGCUCCCAAUAACAUCUUGGGAUGAUUUGUUGGCCAACUUUAUGAAUCAACAUUUCCUGCCUUUCAAAAUGGCGGAGUAUCAGAAAAAGAUCACCCACUUUUUUCAAGAGGAAGAUGAGACUUUGGGAGAUGCUUGGGAGUGGUAUUCCUAUCUCUUUAUCUAAUUCCCACACCAUGGUUUUGGUGAGCAGUUCUGGAUUGAAAUCGUCUACAAUUGUGUCUCCCAAAAAGACUGGACACUCAUCAAUUCCUUGUGCUAAAGGAGUAUGCUUAACAAGACUCCACCCCAAAUGACAAAGUUGUUUGAAGAAAUGUCUACAAAGGGGUAUGAUUGGGGAAUGACUAGGUGUGGAAGGAAGACUCGUGAGAGGGGAGUGCAUUCCACUGAAGCAAACCCUCCACUUGCAACGAAGAUUAAUGAGUUGAUCAAGGUGAUCCUGCAUGAUAGGAAGAAAGGAAAGAGUUUGGUAAUAGUGUGUGAGUGGUGUUCAAUUCCCAACCAUGUGGUAGAAAACUGUCAAGUCAUGAUGGAGGCAAACACUCUGUAGAACAAUUUUACGUCAUUGCGAAUGCUAGGAGUUCCACCAGCAUCAGCCAUCCAUGUGGCAAGUCGCACAAUCCGAGGUGGCACGAUCAUCCAGACUAUGCAUGGGUAACACCACCCAAUCAAGAGCCUCAGAUUCAAGCCCCGACUUAUCUUCCUUAUCAACCGCAACCUGAUAGGGUUUUCAAACUUGAAAAUAUUGUGACCACAUUUGUGUGUACGAGCUCGCAAAAUUUUGAGAAGAUUGAGAAUUUUAUGGAAGAAGCUUCUGAAAAUUUUCAUCCAUUGAAUUAGGGUUUCAAAGUCAACAAUCAUCUAUGAAAACCCUUACCACUCGGAUGGGCAUCAUCACUCAAGCUGCCAUUUCUCGAAAUUGAGUUACAGAAUCAGAAAUGAAAGUUGUGACACUCCGGAGGGGAAAAGAGGCUAGAGAGGUACCUAUCACAAGAAACAAAGUGGAGAAGCCAAAACAAGUGGAACAAGAAAUCACCUUUGAGCAGCCAAGGACAACAUCCACGCCAAAGAAGAGAGUAGAGGAACCAACUUCUAAUAUGAAACAUCAAGCAAUAGAAGUUGUUCCCCCACUCCCUUAUCCAACUCGGCUAUGCUAGGAUCAAUGGGAGGCCGAUUUUUCUCGGUUCAUGACACUGAUGAGCCAGAUCCACCUCAAUAUUUCAUUUGUGGAGGCCCUUGCUCAAAUGCCGAAAUACGCAAAGUACUUGAAGUAUCUUCUAGCCAAAAAGAAGAAACUUCGGAGCAUGGCCAUCGUGACUCUCAAUGAAGAAUGUUUUGCUAUCUUGCAUAGUCAACUUCCCGAGAAGCAAAAAGAUUCAGGGAGUUUCACUAUCCAUUGUUUUAUUGGUGGCAUCUGUGUAGGUUAUUCGUAGACGAACCUAAGGGCUAGCAUAAUUGUGAUGUUGUAUAGAAUAUUCAAGAAGUUAGACCUGGUGAACCUAGUGCCACUAUGAUUAACAUAGAGCUAGCUUAUAGGUCUAUCGUGCACCUUAAGGGGAUUGUUGAGGAUUUACUAGAUAAGGUCGGGACGCUCAUUUAUCUGGCUGACUUUGUCAUCCUUGACAUCAACUAUGAUGUUGAUGCCCCCUUAUUUUGGGUAAACCAUUUUUGGCCACCACCAAGCCCUUUAUAGAUGUGCAUGAAGGAAAAUUGAUAUUGAGGGCGGGGAAUGAAAAAUUACUUUCUCUAUUGCAGAUAGUAAGAUAACUACUUUGAUCAAUUUUUUGUGAUAGGUACACAUGGCUUGGAAGAACUUCAGUUGGAGGAUCACGUGGCAAGCCCAAAGGAAGUGCAAGUGCCCGAGCAUGAACAGUGGGUAGAGUCAUUACCUGCAUUUUCCAAGAUACCCACAUCUUUGGAAGAACCCCGGAGUUGGAGCUGAAACCACUACCUAGCCACCUUUAGUAUGCCUCCUUGAGGGAAGGGGGAAUACUUCCUGUCAACAUUAGCUCAGAUUUCACUCUAGAGAAUAUGGUAAAGUUGGUAGAUCUCCUGAGGAAACAUAAGAGGGAAAUCGCAUGGAAGAUCACCUGACAUCCGAGGAAUCAACCCUUCUUUCUGCUUUCACAAGAUCUUCAUGGAGGAUGACGUCAAAUCGGUCCGAAAACCUCAUGAAAGGUGAAUCCUAACUUGGAGGAAGUAGUGAAAGCAUAAGUGAUCAAGAUUUUGGAUGUUUAAAAGGCUAGAAGGACCUGAAUUCUAUUGUUUCUUAGACGGGAUGUUGGGAUACUUCCAGAUCCCAAUCUCACCAGCAGAUCAAGCUAAAACAAGCUUCACCUGUCCUUUCAGUACCUUUGUGUAUCGGCGUAUCCUAUUUGGCUUGUGCAAUGCUUUUUCCACAUUUCAGAGAUUCAUGGUGGCAAUUUUUGACAAUUUGGUGGCAGAAAUCAGGGAAGUCAUCAUGGAUGUCUUCUCGGUUUUGGGGACUCUUUUUCCCAGUGCCUUGUCAAUUUAGAGAAUGUUCUGACAAGUUGUGAGGAGACUAAUUUGGCUCUUAGCUGGGAAAUGUCCCAUUUCAUGGUGCGCAAAGGCAUUGUCUUGAGUCACAAGAUGUUAAAGAGGGGUAUUCAAGUUAACAAGGCAAAGAUUGAUACCAUUAGCAAGAUGUUUGUGUAUUUGAGCAUAAAAUUCAAAACUCAAGUAAUGGCACACACCCAAAGCAUAUUCGAAGUUCGUCAUACUUUGAUUUGCUACUCUCUACGAUAAUACAUGAUCUAAGGGAGGCUAGUGGAAGGGCUAUGAAGGAUAUCCUUGUCAUGAAACUUGCAUCCCCCUUAAGAAAAAUGUAUGAAGGGGUGCUUACUACCAUUCCUUGUGAUUUAUCAAACUCCUCCUCAAAGGAUGGAGUCUUUUGCACUAAAAGCAUAAAUAGGUUUGAUAUGUAGCUUCGUACAUGUGAUAUCCUACCACAUACAUUCUACAUCAAUAAAAGAUGCUGCCACAAAUAAAGUGUGGGGUAAAAGCCAAGCGUGAGGCGUCCUAUCCUUGGAAAAAACCAGGUUUUGGAAAAGAUACUAGUUGAUUCUUGGUAGGGAAGGCCUACCAUAUGAUCCUAGUUCCUCUCUAGUACAAGUAAAAUUUCCACCUGUAUGAUAGGAUUGCCAACUUGAGGAUGUGUGAUACGAGCACAAACCCUGUACCUGUAGUUAUCAAAGUCGCACAGCCUUAAGAACGAACUAGGAAUGAGAUAUUUAGGGGUUUUGUUUGUUUGGGGAUAGAAUGGAAUUGAAAGUACAAUCUCAACACAAAUUGGGAGAAUGCUCAAUCAAUAUAGAAGGUAGAAACCACAAACAAGGGGAAAACUUGAUUGAUACAGAUAAAAAUUUAAGCCUAAAGCUCAAAACCACGAUAAAAGUUCAAUAUUGUU